AUGCAGAGAAUGACAGAAGGGAGGAUUAUAUAUCAUAUAACAAUAAACGUGAACAGACGCCAGAGAGUAAUCAAUAUCAAGUUGUCCGACGUAGCUGUUUCCGAUUCGUGUCAAGCUCUCGGCCUUGAUCCGGCUCCGCUGCUCCGAGCGGCUUCGGUGAUAACCGGAACGGACGCCGGAGAAAGGAGGACCAACCAGGCACUUCCCGUGAACGGCCACCAUGUCACCGCUUUCCUCUUCAAGACGGUGAUGAUCGGAUCUGAUAAGCGAAGGAUCAAGGAACUGGUCAAGUGUCAACACGGUGUGGUUGCAUUUCAAUCGUAA